AUGCAUCUCAGAGCAUACAUCAUCGCCGCAACCUUAGCGCAUCUAACAAUCGCAUUGCCCACUGCUAAUACCACUGCAACCAGCGAUGCAACAAACGAAUACGUAUUCACCGCCGACGGCAUACUAUACAAAGCCAUCGCUACAGUAGGGGACACGCCAGCCCGAUACAGACUCUCGAACAAAGCCGUGUGGAACGCACAGGUUUCCGCCUUUGCUCAACAGCCUUCCGGCGACCACCCCGAAUUUCGACCAGCUUUCUAUACGGAAACAGUAGGACGCACGGAGCUUACGACGACCUUUGGGGCCCGAGUGCCUUGGGUUGGACCCAUGCCUCCAGAGGUAUGGACAUAUGGAGAAGUUGUCAUUGUUUUGGAUUACUUGAAAGACCGCUUGUUUCCUCAGGACGAUGAGUUUGUUGUUGAGGUGGGGAUUAAGAAGCCGCAAUCGAAGUAUUCUGAGUUUAUGGGGGCGAAUUUGACGGAGGUGGUCGUUUCUUGA